UGGCUGGCACGAUCGCUACACGCUUGUGAAGUUUUCGGUUUUUCGUGUUUCGGAAUGCGGUUGUGUUCGUCGUUAUAAUACCGCUUCAGCAUUCGCUCGCAAAAGCGCGUGACCUUUAGUACAGGCGGCAAAUCUUCCGCAAUUGAUGAUUCGAGUUUUCUUACCGUUGAAAGUAAGCGAUCUCUCUCAAAUUUCCAUGCCGCAGCGCCUGUCAUGUUGUAAAAGGUAGGGUCGCCCAGUGUGUCGUGCCCCCAGAAGCUAGAGAAUCCCGUAAAUUACCCCGUGGCUGGUGGCGAUGUGAGAUGCCUGGCGGACGGUGUCUCCUGGUGGCAGCCGCGCUCUGCCUCGCGACGCCCACCGCCAGCGCCACGCCCUGGCAGGAGAACGUCCGACCCAAGAUGUACGUCCAGCUCGGGGCCGAAGAGGUGUUCCGCUUCGCGGGCAACGAGACUUACCCCGACUACUUCCUGCGAGUGCUGCGGGACGGCACUUCGCUACUCGUCGGAGGGAGGAACCUGGUGCACAACCUCAGCCUGGUCGACCUGUCCGAGACGCAGCGUCUGACGUGGUACUCGCCGGACGAGGACGUCAAGAUGUGUAUUGUCAAGGGCAAGGACGAGGAAGCGUGCCAGAACUACAUUCGUAUCCUGGCAAAGAGUGACCCCGGUAAGCUACUUGUCUGUGGGACCAACUCCUUCAAACCUGUCUGCAGGGAUUAUGUAAUUGAGAAUGACGGCUACACGUUGGAGAAGGAGCGUGCAGGACAGGCGUUAUGUCCUUAUGACCCAAGACACAACUCAACAGCUGUCUUUGUCAAAAAUCCAUCAGGUGGUGGUGAACUCUACACAGGGACAGUGGCAGACUUUUCAGGCAUGGAUCCAAUAAUCUAUCGUCACCCUUUGCAGACUGAACAGUAUGAUUCAAUGAGCCUCAAUGCACCCAACUUUGUGAGUUCAAUGACAAAGGGUGACUUCGUCUAUUUCUUCUUUCGUGAGACUGCUGUUGAGUACAUCAACUGUGGUAAGGCCGUGUAUUCGAGAGUAGCCCGUGUCUGCAAGUAUGAUCGUGGUGGUCCCCAUCGCUUCCGUAACCGUUGGACGUCGUUCCUCAAGUCACGUCUCAACUGCUCUGUUCAGGGGGACUUCCCCUUCUACUUCAAUGAAAUCCAAUCUACAACAGAGCUUAUUGAGGGCACAUAUGGUUCUGUGAAUGCACAGCUCAUAUAUGGAGUGUUCACAACACCCCCUAACAGCAUUAGUGGCUCAGCCGUGUGUGCCUUCUCACUCCAAGACAUCACUGAUACCUUUGAAGGAAACUUCAAGGAGCAGGCUGAGCUGAACUCCAACUGGUUGCCUGUGCAAAGUGCCAAGGUGCCUGACCCACGUCCUGGGCAGUGUGUCAACGACUCACGAACUCUUCCUGAUCUCACGCUUAAUUUUAUCAAGACACAUUCUCUAAUGGAUGAGUCAGUGCCUUCAUUCUUUGGCCAGCCUGUUGUUAUAAGGACUAGCUUCCACUACCGAUUUUCCCAGAUAGCUGUAGAUCCACAGAUCAAAACCCCUGGAGGCAAGGCAUAUGAUGUGCUGUUCAUUGGCACAGAUAAUGGUAAAGUGAUAAAAGCUGUGAAUGCUGAUGCAGCAGAUACAACAGAACGUGUAUCACCAGUUGUCAUCGAAGAAGUGCAGGUGUUUCCCACCCAUAUGCCCGUUCGUGGGUUGAAAGUCGUCCGCGAUCCUGCACUGCCUGAUGGACGCCUUGUUGUUGUGGCUGACACAGAAGUCCAAGCUUUACGCCUCCAUCGUUGCUAUUCUGACAAAAUACUGUCCUGCAGUGAAUGUGUUGCACUGCAAGAUCCAUAUUGUGCCUGGGACAAGCAGAGCCAGAAGUGCCGUGCUGUUGGAGCUCCUCGUUGGAGUGAUGACAGUAUCUUCAUCCAGAGCAUUGCCACUGGUGUGCACUCAGGUUGUCCUGCAAGCAAAGUACUGGGUAAAAGUACAGGCAGCGUAGAGGGACUGUCUUCAAACUUUGGAAAGCCAUACAACCAGGAUGUUGGUGGGCGAACUGGCCCAACUAAAGAUGUGCCUGAAGGAGAAGUUAUCAACAUUGUCCACGAUGAUGGACAACACAGUGGUCCAGAAGUGAGUGCAGCAGAUAGCCCGCUCCCCCAGUACUCUGUAGAAACCCUGGCACUGGCAGUCGUGGCAGGAUCUGUGGCUGCGCUGGUCGUGGGUUUUGUGACAGGCUACCUCUGUGGCCGCAAGUGCCAUAAGGAAGAAGAAGACAACCUGCCUUAUCCUGACACAGAGUAUGAAUACUUUGAACAGAGGCAGACUGUCAACAGGUUGGCUGUGGAACCAAAGCUCCUGCCACAAGAAGAAGUCACAUAUGCCGAGCCUGUCUUAGUUCCCACACCCGGUGCUGGCACAGGUGUGGGCGGGGGAGGUGGCCCGGAAAAGCUCAACUCCCCAAAGGGCACACUGAGAAAGAGUGCUGCUCAGCAACAGCAGCAGCAGGCAGCGGAGACCCUGUUCCAGUUCCAAGACAGCUUUUCGCCGUACGGCCGGGGCCGCGAUUUUGGCACUCUACGUCCCCACGACGGGGGCCCGGGAGGUGGCUACCGGAGGGCCACGGGUCCGGGAACUGGCGGAGGGCCCGACUCCGGCUUCGGCACUACCCGCUCUGUAAAGAAGGUGUACCUCUGAGGUGCGGGGGCGGGGGCGGGGGGGAGGCGGACUCGCCCGCCGGGCUCCGGUUCCGGCUCGGGCUCUGCUUCGGGGUCGGUGUCGGGCCCCCCCUCUGGCAGCAGCAGGAGCAGCAGCACCUCCCCCUCCCCGCCCUCGUCCUCACCCUCGCCACCCCCACACUCGCGUGCACCCUGCUCCUACAUAUACCGCACAUAGUGCAGGGCAAUUGCUCGCCAUUUGUGGUAAUCUGUGUGUGGGUCCUCCAGAUGUACUGUUAGGAAUAUCAGCUUCUGAUUCCAUUUUAGGCAGACUGAAAUAUUACCAGCUAUAUCAUCCACGCAGAAAGUGUCAGAAUGCUGACAUUUGCAAUACUCAGUUAACACUGCUUGUUUAAAACGAAGUAUCGGGAUACUUGUACUCGGCAUUCUGUCGCUGCAGUGAUGUUAGUGUGCCUGAGGUCACUUUUAGCAGUGCGUACUGACUUGUGUGACCAGAAAAGAUGUCAUAUCUGCCUUCUAGAAAAUUGUGUUGUGGCAGGUUCCUGCAGCACACAUGUGCAGAAGCUGAGGUUUCAUUUGCUGGAGUCUGGUAACAACUGAGGGAGCAUGCAGGGUUUUGGGUUGUGCUUGCUGUUUUUUACUUUCUGGUUCAAAGAAAUGUGUCUGUUGAUGCUUUAAACCAAAGAACAUUUUAAAAAUAGUCAUUUUAAGUUUAAUAUGCAGCACGAAUUGAAGUUCCACACAACUUAGAACAUUAUCUCCAGAUUUUUCUGUGCCUUGUGAUGGCUCAGUAUGUUUGCAUUGUUAUGUUUUAAAGCUGAAGAGAACAGUGUAGACUGCUUGCUGUAAAUUUCAUUUCUCAUGUACUUCACAUAAGAAUUUUACCUGACGAAAUACUCAUUUAGCAAUGUGAACUGAUUUGUUAUUUUAUUUUAGCCAAGUGUGGAAAAGAUUGCCACAAACAUUCCAUUUUGGAGUUAAUAAACUCUGUGCAUUUUUAUAUAAUACGUAACUUGUAAUUCUCGUCAUUGCACGUGGAAUCGUGAGAGCAGAAUAUGUAAAAGACAUUUUGGUAUUGUCUUUGAGCCUGCCGCAUUAAAUAGGGGCAUCACCAGCGAGGUGCUGAUUUAUGGAAAGAACAAUGAAGUAAAAGUAUAUUCCCUUAUUGUCAUACAAUGUUCUCAUUUUGACAACAUUUGUAAAAUUGACUUGAGCUAACGUGACAGAUUCUGUGACGACUAGUUAGUGCCUUAGGGCAGGAGUUUCAGCAGGCUCGGUCUGUGUGCUUUUACAUUUAUUUUAAGAAUAGAAUAGCCAUGUGAUAAGUUCAUCAAAAACUGUUAUCAGUUACAUGAAAGAAAUGAGGAAGAACUUAGGAUCGAGUGAAAAGUUGAUUCUACCCCAAGUAAAAGACUACAACUAAUAUUUUGAAGUGCAUGGAACACAUUGAGAUUUCUAUGAGGUUGUUAUAAUGUGCUCUUUAUUAUUAUGAGAUGUUUGUGAAGUCUGAAAUGAAUCUGAUGUGAUGAAUGGGAAUUUUGUUCACUGUGUGAUAGUGUAAAGUCAAAAUUUUGUUUGAUGUGUAAGUGGACUGCUUGUAGAAAGUCUUGUUAUUUUUUAUGUGAGAAAUGUGAUAUGUGAUUAUGUAGGUGAGUUUCUACAACAGGAAGACUAGUAAAAAGUGUUCUUUGUACUGCAUCAGUAAGGAUAAAGUACUAUCCUUAGGAUUAAGCUUUGCAUUUUUCACAGUCAUUAAUUUAUUACACAACCUAGUUCCCAUAUUUAACAAGAGUGUUCAUUAUUGUAUCUGUUAGAAAUAAGACAGUUUUGUUUGUACAUUGUAAGAUGAUUUGUACAUAAUAUUUAAAUAUUUUUAGAAGUGCCAUGUAUUUUCAAGUUAGUUAUUAUGUUACAUACAAUUUCAGUGUUACUUGCCACUUUGUUUAAAAACAAAUUUUUAAAAAAUAUUAAUAUGUAUAAAUAAAACAAUGUUUUUAAAUAUUAUGCUUCUUCCUAUAUGCAGGGCCAGCUAAGCUAUUUUGUACUGUAAAAUAAAAAUUUUAUAAAGUGGAGUUCUCAAGUACGUGUCAUAUGGAUAUAUGACAUUUCAACGACACGAGUGAUGACUCAGUUUUGUUACGAUCCUAAAGUGCCGAAAAAAUAUUCCCUUUCCUGAGACAGUGAUGUAAGAUUGUAAAAGUACGUACUAUGUGCAAUUAUUAUACAACAUUCAUAACAUGCAUUAACACAGGUGAUACUUACCAUGUAUAUGUAGCAGCCUUAUCUCGAGCUUCUAGCACUUUGUAUGUGUGGAUUUGUUGAAAGUGUACAGUAGUCUUUCUGAAACAGAACUGAGACAUAUUUCACAGUAAGAUCUGCAUUUGUAAGGAAACCAGCCAGUAAUGCAAGGAUGACCUACAAAUCGUCGACAGUUGAGCAGUACACAGGAAGCUCGGAAGGGACUGUUACCACUCACAGAUGUGGUCAGUAAAAGCAAUUCUGCAUUACACUUCAUGUUACCGUAUUCAUCAAUUCUCAGUUUAGAAAAGUAGGUUUUGAGAAUUCAGGAGCAUCACAAUUAAGAUAGAAAUGGUUAGGUUAUGGCAUCAAAAAUACAAACAGCAAAUUUUCAGAAUAAUGAAAACUUUAUUUUCACCAGUCAUAAUUCGAGAUAUCUUUCUACACAACUUCUUAGGUGUGAAAAAUUAACAAAUGCACUUUUUAUAGUAAAGUCUUAUUCACACUUACUGAAAACUGAGAGGAACUCUAGUGUAGCAAAAUACAGCAUAGGAUUGCAGUGUAGAAUCCUGUCGAUUUCCGAACCUAGCCGGUUCGAGAUCCUCUCGAAAGGAGUGUUACUUUUUGUAUUGUUUAUACCUGCUCUCUGUAAUAAAUAUUUAUUACGAAUAGGCCUACACUUUAAAAUUUCAUAUGUAAGGGAAAUCAGGCUUUCAACUUAUUUUUCCAGCUUUGCAAUAUGACAUUGUCUAAAGGAGCUGGUAUAUAAUGUAGCCCUCACUGUGGACUCGUGCCUGUAGAAUUCGAGUUGAAUCUCUUUUGUAACGUAGCCAGUCAGAGUACAGUCAGCGACUGCCGAGUAACUUGCCACGUGUCGGGACGUCACUGGUGUUUCCUAGUUAGUUUUUUAAACUGUGGAGUCGGUGCCGUAGUUCUGAAGUGGCAGGUCUUUUUAUAUUUGUGCAAGUACUAUUGUCAGUCUUUGCAGGAAUAGUGUAAUUUACUGUUAAUAGAAAAGUGAGCCAUAGUGUUUGUUGAAGGUGGAGGUUCUCAGUCAGAUUUGUUCAAGUAUCGAGACUGCAUUUAGUGCCAUCUGUUAGUAUCUUUUGAAACACUAUAUUAUAUGACCGUGGGUCUGGUUGCCUUAGUGUCAGUUCUGUUUCUGUGAACAUUACAGUGAGACAUUAAACUGCCUUUGUAUCAUCUGUCCCUUAUUAUUUUUUGUAAAUUUACUGUAAUGAAUUAAUAAUUAAACAAUAAAUGAUUUUCAUUAGCUGAGGA